AUGAAACUCAACGUCCUUCUUUUAGCCGUUGCUGGCGCAGUCCGUGUCCAGAGUGCUGCAGUUUUCGCACAUUUCAUGGUGGGAAACACGGCCGAGUACACAGAAAUCACCUGGCGUACGGACAUAAGACUCGCCAAAGAAGCUCAUAUCGACGCCUUUGCCCUUAAUAUGGCCCAUGGAGAGUCUAUGAACGAGAUUUCUCUUGAGCGCGCUUUCAAUGUCGCCAAAGACGAAGGCUUCAAGCUUCUAUUCUCUUUCGACUACGCUGGGCGAGGUCCUUGGCCGAAGGAGACAGUCAUAAGCUAUCUGAAGAAGUAUACAUCAAAAGCCGAGUACUUUAAGCACAGUGAUGGAAGACCUUUGGUCUCUACCUUCGAGGGCCCUGGCAAUGCAAAAGACUGGAUCGACAUCAAAAGCCAAGUCAGCUGCUUCUUCAUACCUGACUGGUCGUCGGAAGGAGCAAAGCCAGCUCUGGCUCUCGGAAACAACGUCGCGGAUGGCCUCUUCAACUGGGCUGCUUGGCCUUGGGGUCCUCGAGAUAUGGACACUUAUGUCGAUGCCUCGUACUUUCAGUACUUGGGCAAGAAGCCGUAUAUGAUGCCUGUUUCGCCGUGGUUUUACACCAAUAUGCCCGGGUACAACAAGAACUGGAUGUGGCGGGGUGACGACAUAUGGCAUGACCGGUGGAUUCAGGUCAUUUACAACCAGCCUGAAUACGUCCAAAUCAUCUCUUGGAACGACUAUGGCGAAUCUCAUCACAUUGGUCCUCUUUACAACCACGCUACGGAGGCGUUCACGGUUGGAAAAGCGCCAUACAACUAUGCCAACAACAGACCUCACGAUGGCUGGCGUCAGACUCUACCUUUCUGGAUUGACUACUACAAGACUGGCAAAGCUACUGUAUCUCAAGAGAGUCUCGUUGUCUGGUACCGUACAAGUCCAUCCAGCGCCUGCUCUGAGGGUGACACCGUCGGCAACACAGCAAGCCAACUUCAAAUCGAGUUCCCUCCACAGCUUAUCAUGUUGGACAAGGUAUUUUUCUCCGCAGUACUCGCAUCGACAGCUGAGGUCACAGUCACAGUUGGUGGCAAGACUUUUACUCCGAAAUGGUCUUCGGUUCCCGAUGGAGGUGUUGGCGUCUAUCAUGGCAGCGUGGUCCUCCUUAGUGAGACCGGCGAUGUGAACGUCCAGCUCUCCAGACCUGGGAGACUUCUAGCAAGAGUAGACGGACCUGCCUUCAGCUCUGCGAGCUGCGACAAUGGGCGUACUAAUUGGAACCCUUGGGUUGGAAGUGCCGUCGUGGCCGGCUCCGUCUCUGCGACCAUGCCAAACUCGAGACAAGACCAAGGCUGUACGAAGGGAACUGGAGCCAAGGGCUUUGAAGAGCUGUGCGAGUUCAAUUGCAAGUACAACUAUUGCCCCGUGUCGUCCUGCUUGUGCCAGGCUGUGGGAGUGCCCAACACAAAGCCGCCAGCGCUCGAGAAAGACGGGUUCCCCGCCAAGGGGAAGAGCGAGAAUUACUCCGGACUCUGCUCGAAUGCCUGUAACCUGGGGUUCUGUCCAGAAGAGUUUUGUUCUGAGACUCCUCAGACGACUAUCGUACCGACCGUCUCCGAGUUUCUUCCACCUGCCUGUAGGGCAGGCACCUCUCGAGCAGGUUAUGAACGCUUUGAGGGACUUUGCUCCUACGCCUGCAACUUCGGCUUCUGUCCUCUGCACGUUUGCCGAUGUACAUUAGAGGGAGGCCUGAUAGAGCCACCAGCGCAGAUACCCGGUGCAACUGGCAAGCCUGUUGGGGAUUUCAAUGAUGAGAAGCUGUGCGAGUUUGCCUGCUCUCGU